AUGGCUACUAGUGGUAGUGGCGGGCCAUCUGCUAGCACUGGAGCAUCAAUAUAUGACCCAAGCAAAGAUCCAACUAGGAAGGCCAAAUCAAAAGACCCCGGGUGGAAGUAUGGAUAUUGGCCAGAUCUUAAUGAUAUGAACUUAGUGCGAUGUACACUUUGUGGAAAAGAUGCCAAAGGAGGAAUCAAAAGGCUUAAGCAAUAUUUAAUUGGUGGGUAUGGAGAUAUAUCAAAGUGCCUAAAAACAACUGUAGCAAUCGCUAGAGAGAUGCAUGAAGGUAUCAUGCGAAAUCAGAAGAGGAAGCCUGAUGUAUUUGAUGAGGAUUAUUCUGUUGAUCAUCAGCAGGGAGAGGAUUUGCCUGAAGAGAUAGAAAGUGGAGGGCAACUCCAGUCUGGUGCACCAAGGCCCCCAACUAUAGACUCCUCAAUAAAGAACCUUGUGCCAAGCUCUGGGACAUCUUCCAAAAGGAAUAAAGCUAAUGUUAUUACACAAGUGGCAGUAAAGGGUCCGAUAGAUUCUUAUCUUCGACGGACUCCUGAAGAAAUAGUUGGUGAGAGGAGGUCUAAGAGUUCUACCCAGACAACAAUACAAAGCAGCUUAAGAUCAAAUGCAGACAGAAAGAAAACUAAUGCAUAUGUUGCAAAAUGGUUUUAUAAAGCUGGCAUCCCAUUCAAUAUAGUCAAGUUAAGGAGCUUUGAGGAGAUGGUUGAAGCCAUUGCGCAGUUUGGGUUAGGAUAUAAGCCCCCUUCUUACCAUGAGUUGAGAGUGCCCUUGCUACAUGAUGAAAAAGCUCAGAUUGACUGUAUCAAGAAGAAAUAUGAAGAUUAUUGGAAAAGGCACGGGUGCACUCUUAUGUUUGAUGGGUGGACUGACAAGAGAGGUAGACACUUGAUUAAUUUCCUUGUCAAUUGUCCAUUGGGGACUUAUUUUAUGGGCUCUGUAGAUGUAUCUAGUGAGUCUCAAUAUGCAGACAUGUUAUUUCAGCUGCUUGAUAGUAAAAUUGAAGAAAUUGGGGAGGAUAAUGUGAUACAAGUAGUUACAGACAAUGCAACUAAUUAUGUUGUAGCUGGUAGAAUGUUGAUGCAAAAACGGAAUCUGGUGAGGUCUGGAGUUACAAGAUUUGCUACCUCAUUCUUGACACUACAAAGUUUGUACAAGAACAAGGAUGCCUUGAAGCAAUUAUUUGUAUCUGAUGAUUGGAAUAGUUCUAAGUUGUCGAAGACAGAGGCAGGUAAGAAAGUACUUGAGACAAUACUUGCACAAACAUUCUGGAACCGUAUACUAGAUUGCUUAAGAGCAUCCCAACCAAUUUUAGUUGUCUUGAGGUUAGUAGAUGGUGAUGAGAGGCCUGCAUUGCCUGAAGUUUAUUUGACAAUGGAAAUAGCAAAAAAAAGGAUAAAAGUAAAUUUUUCCAACAAAGAACGGUCAUGGAAGAAGGUGUUAGCAAUUAUUGAUGACCGUUGGGAGGUCCAAAUGGAUCGACCUUUAUAUGCUGCUAGCUUUUACCUAAAUGCUAGCAAAUAUUUUGACUACAUCAAUGAUGAGAGACUUCCUUUUGAAGAAUCAUGUAAAAUACAAGAUGCAUUCAUGACAGUUAUUGAAAGAAUGGUGCCCGACUUAGAUGUGCAAGACAAGAUCAUACGUGAGUCUCAAAUGUACAAAAAAUGUGAAGGUAGCUUUUCAAGGGUUUUGGCUAUUAAACAACGGAAAGCCGGUGAAGGAGCAUUGGAUCCUAGGGAGCAAGAAGAUGGAGAUUUAGUCAAUCCUGGAGACGACCUCACAUGGGGAGAUGUUGAUAGAGCAGUUGGUGCAUCUACAUCGGUUGGGGGUCGUAAUUUACUUAGGAGGGCUCAAGGAUCAACAAGUGCAACCAAUAUUUGCUACACACGUCGUGGUAGGGGGAGGGCCACUGUUGAGGAAUCAUCAGAUGAUGAAGUUGAAGAAGAGGUCCACGAUGUUGUGCGUGAUGAUGAAGAUAUUGAAGAAGACUUUGGUGAUGGGCCAACUGAUUCUAUGAGUCAGCAACAACAGGAGGGAGAAGAAGUGAAUGUGUUUUUAAUUCUCCCCCGGGUAGGAUUGGAACCCAUUGCCUAUCACCUAUCUUGA